AUGUCAGUCUCGGUCGCAUCUCUGGGCACCACGCCCUAUGCUGCGGCAUUAGGGGUUGUCGCAGUCAUCUACUUCCUAAUCUACCCAUUUGUUGUUUACCUCAGAGACUCCAAAGGCCUUCGACGAUUCCCAAACAUGUCCACCUUCUCGGGCAUAUCCAACCUCCCCUUCAUGAUCCUCGCUCAUGGAGGCGCCCGAUCUUCCGCGAUGGCCAAGAUGCACAAGAAGGAGCCAAUCCUUCGAACUGGCCCAAACACUUUGUCCUUUGGUAGCGUCAAGGCUAUCAAGGGCAUAUACGGUCACGGCACCCCCUGCACCAAAGACGAAUCGUACGUGCUCACGGCUGGAACUCAUUUCCACUUGGCCGACGUCGUCGACAAGCCCGACCACGCACGAAAGCGAAAGGUUCUCUCCUCCGCUUACGCUCUCAAGAACCUCGAGGAAUGGGAAUACAAGGUCGCCGACAAGGUGCAAAGAAUGAUGAACCACUUUGAAAAGUGCUGCACGGCUCCUUUGCCCAAGGGGGUCAAGUACCCCAACCCCGAGGACGUCAAUGUCGACUUCCGUGCGUGGUCCAACUUCUUCUCGCUCGAUGCCAUUGCCGACAUUGGUCUCUCCGAGAAACUCGGCCUCCUUGACCGAGGUCAUGAUCGAGUCGAGGCGCAGGAGAAGAACGGUGCCAUUUUCGAAGCCAACCUCCGAGAAUGCCUCUAUCCCACUGCUCGCAAGCAAUCUCUCCUCCUCUGGAGCUACGAUAACUACAAGCUGCUUGAUAAGAUUUCCAACAUCAUUCCUUACUACAGACGCAUGUCCGAAUCGAGCCGAGGCUGGGAUGCUAUUGUCCUCCGCCGGGCGAACCUCCGACUGCAACGCUAUAAUGCCGGUGAAAAGCUUGAUGACUUCUUCCAAGCCCUAAUGGAGGACAAGAGCGGUAACCCCCACAGCCUCGAAUGGGGCGAGGUUGUUGCCGAAAUCAACAUCAUGAUGAACGCCGGAAGUGUUACUACUGCCAUCGCCCUUGCCAACGUCCUCUACCAGCUCCUUCUCAACCCUGACAAGAUGGAGACCCUGCGAAAUGAGAUCGACUCCGUUUUGGAGCCCGAUGAGAUGGUUGCUCCUUACGACAAGGUGAAGCAUCUUCCUUACCUUCGAGCCUGUCUGGAUGAGUCCCUUCGACUUUGGCCUCCUACUCCUCAAAGUCUUGGUCGCAAGACUCCCCCUGAAGGUACAACCAUCAUGGGUCAGUACAUCCCAGGCAACACCACGGUUGGCAUCUCGGCUCUCGUGGCACAUCGCGAUGAGACCGUCUACCCAGAGGCCGAAAAGUACCUUCCGGAGAGAUUCCUCGGUGAAAAGGGCAAGGAGCUUCAGUCUUGCUUCAUCACCUUCUCAGCUGGUGCCAGAGGUUGUAUUGGCCGCAACAUCUCCUACCUUGAGCAGGCUGUUUGUCUUGCCUCUCUUGUACACAGGUACGAGUUCGCUCUGCCUGCGGGCUUCGAGCUCAAACGGGAAGAGACCAUGAACCACAUCUUGGGAGAGAUGCCUAUCAAGGUGUGGCGAAGAGAUCUUGGUGAGGAGGAAUGA